UCUAAAUUGUUUUGUUCAAACAACAUCAAAUUGAUAGUUUCCACAUUUUGGACUCACAAAAAACAAUACAACUAAUGAAUAAUGAAGUUCAUCAUAUUAGUAAUUUCACUUGGAUUUGCAACAAUCAUUCUAUGUGAAAAAUCUCGAAUGGUUUUAAUAACUACUGAUAAACGGUACCAUUCCUUCUACGUGCCAAUAUCCAAAGAGCCUGUCGUAACCUGGAUGGAUACGCAGGAUGGAAUCUAUCCAAACGUGUCUCCAAUCAAUUCCGAGGUUGAAAUUGGAAGUGAAAUAUCUCUUCUGAUCUUCAUGAAAGACAAGAGCAGACUCUACGAUUUGAAAAUUAACAGAUGCGUUGCGUACGACGAGGAGAACUUGAAAAAAUCGAACAAUUCUUUGACCUUGUACAGUAGAUUCGAAAAGGACAAAUCAAAAUCGAAGAAAUACAAAAAUUUGGAUUGGAAACGUGAGCCGAUCGCGAAUUUUACCAGUCUGUUUUAUUCCGAGUUCGAGGCAUUCAAAUUUCCAGAUCACGACAGGAUUUUCUUGACCUGCGACAUUGAA